UAUGCGCUAGUAAUUUUUGGUUUCUGUAUCCUCCAGCAAAUUUGGAGGCCAAAAGGAGUACGGGGGAGGGGGGGGACACUGAUCUACAGGGAUUCCUUCCUAGCAUCGCUGUCCUAACAAACCGGAGAAGGCAAUUCGCUUCGAUCUUCUGCCAGAGGCUGCGUACGUUAAACCGGGGAAUCCACAGUGACCUGUCGCCAGAUUGCACGCUUCAAGGUUGUUCGCUGCCCACUCAGGAACGUCCCAACAUAAAAUCAGAGUUCUACACUACACAGUCAGAAAACAAGGCAAAAACCAAAUUCUGGACGCUGUGACAUUCUUGAAAACGAAGUUCUCUACUGUUACUUCCGAUAUUCUGAGAAACUGUGAUGACAAACGCUGAUUGGCUCUCGUCUUCAGCAAAGGUCACUACUAAAAAGGCAUAAGUGCUCCUACUGGACCCACAGAGUCUGCACGUGAAGACUCGAGAACGCGUGAAUGCCAAACAGAUCGAAUGAGCGUUUGUUUGAUAUCUAACGACGAACAUGGCGGAGAAAAUGGAUCCAUUACAGCACAAAAUGUUCAAAAUGGCGCCCAUCCGUGUGACCACGAAACACACAAUUUUUCACAAAAGGGCAUUCAUUAAAUGCCCGCACGAAAUUUUCAAAAGAUUUACUCGAGCCUAUAAAUAAUAAAGGUCAAAUUUUAUGCAAAUUUGAUUUAAAUAUUUGUGCUCCCAGUUUAAAAAAAACUCUUUAUAAACUCGGCAGGUGAAAAACAUAAUUCACAGGUCCGGUCUGCGUCAUCGAACAGACACAGAGAGAGGGAGAGAGAGGGGGGGACAGUUCUUGGCCUGACGACCUCUGCCGUGGCGUUUGGGAAAGGAGGGAACCCGCUCUUCAGGUGUGGAAUGACGUCACAUCAGCUUGGUUGACCCCAAUCCAAGACUCUCUCUGCAUGAAGCCGACUGAAGCCAGUCACUGCUAUGGCUUGGCGUGCAAGACAACCGACAGCAUGAACUCUCUGCCAUUCGUGAUCCUGUUGGCACAGCUGCUCGCCUGCUCCUGGGGUGGACUGAAGGUGAGCGUGAAGAAGACGCGAGCGCCUGCUGACCUCGAGGAGAGUCUGGAGGACCGAAACGUCGAGGCGACCGAGCCCAGCACGGUGCCACCCGGCUUCCUCAGCCCGUCCGUAAAGGAGUACCUCGAGCUGGGGAAAUCCAUACCAGGUCGCCCCGGCACGGAUUACCCGGUGCUGGCAGCCGUUCCAUAUACGAACUUCUACUGCGACUCCCAGCCGUACCCGGGCUUCUUCGCCGACAUGGAGACGCGAUGCCAAGGAUGGCACUACUGCGACAUCGACGGUCGCCAGGCGACGUUCCUCUGUCCCAACGGCACGCAGUUCUCGCAGGCAGUGUUCGUCUGCGACUGGUGGUUCAACGUCAGAUGCGACCUCAGCCCUGCUUUAUACGCAAUCAACAGUCGGCUGUACGGAACACCCAGAGAAGACCCCGCAAGACCACACAGAUUCAUCACGAAAGAACUUCUACAGAACAUAUUCGUAUGAACGCGCGUGUUCGAACACUUUGUUUAAUAGUAGUAACAUAUUUGGGUAGCUGGAAAAAUUCUUCUUCAGGAGGCAAAGCUGCGGUUUAUUGUCUCGAAAACAUCGGCAGAUCGACUUUACACCGACAAGAGAGCAUUAACAGAUCGCACGUACAACCUGGCCGACGAAAAUGUCUUGUUUCCGCCUCACAACACAAAGCUUUCGUACGUCACGGACUGAAAAGAGAACUCAAGCGUGAGGGAGACUCGAACAGCGUCCGACAGCUCGUCUUAUUUUCAAAACACGCACAUGCGCAGUUCAUGCCAUCUAGUCAGGGGUGGUCAGAGGCACGUGCAGGCGCCCAGAAAAGCUGAGAACGAGGUCAGAAGACGUGAACGGCGAAAAGGUGACAGACUUUCAGAAUUUGCCUGAAAAAAAAAACUGGGAAAAGGGGUGUGUUUCAGUAGUACCAACUGCUCCACGUGUUAUAUGUUAGGGGGUGUAUUAUUCAUAUUUACUUAAAACUACUACCACUAACCUUAAUUUUAUUGCGAAUACGCAACUGUGAGACGUAAAGCCAGUCACUAAAGAUUUUACAGUUUCAAAGCUGUCGAAAAUGUCAAAGUUUUUUUAUAAUAAAUUCGUCGCAAUAAACAUCCAGCGAAUCCUUCA